AUGAGGUUUCGGCUGCGCUUGGCCAUCGAUGACGAAGAUGUCGGAACUGUGGACGUGGAAUGCCGUGCGGCGGAGAAAAUGGUAUUGUUCCACAUGAAGCAUCGCGCAUUGGUCCUGCGCGAAGCGCACAUCACGGCAUUCCUGCGUCCUCCGUCGUCGUCGACGACGGCGCGCGAUCCCUCCCAGUUGUGCGCAAAUGUGUUGUCGUUGGUGCUGCAGACCGCCUUUCCCACGAUUCCAUGGCUCACGGACGAUCGCGCCACAGGCGGGACAACGCUCCUUCGCAAGCGUCCUCGCAAUACGUCAGUUGGUGUGUCGUUCUACGGACGCCCGUCCUCUGACCCUUCUUCAACCCCCAUGGUCAAUACCGCCUUUGACGCCGCGUUCCAUUACCGCAUCCGGCAUUCCAUCGAGUGUCAAAUCGACGGCACCGCGCCUGUCCAUCACGUGUUUGCGCUACAGCAGCCCGCCAUCGACUUUCUCCGCCGCAUCCAAGCCCGUCGAUCCGCACAUAACCUCAAGCUGUUUUCGUUUGAAACGCGCAGCAGCCGCAAGUUCCUCGUGUCGGACGUGGACGUGUUUUACGACAUGUACAUGCAAACGCCUCCCACGAAGCGCCACGUGUACGAGAUCAUCCAGGACAACGUCCCAUGCCACUUGUACUUUGAUCUCGAAUUCAAACCGGCCUUGAAUCCCCACGUCAAUGGCGACCUCCUCGUUCGACAACUCAAGCAUUUGGUCACGGUGCAACUUUAUCGCAAGUACGGCGUCCUAGUGUCGGUGGCCGACGAUAUUGUGGACUUGGUGUCGACAGCCCCAGACAAAUUCAGUCGGCACCUCGUGGUCAUAGUGCCCGACGGGUGUUUGUUUGCCAACAACUUGGAGGCUGGCCAGUUUGUGAAAGAGUUGCUGGCCGAUUUUGGGCUGGACGGGUACCGCAGCGACGACAUGUCGUUUGACGUGAUGGGAAAAGAUCGUCAAGUGCAAUCUUUCGUGGACACGGGCGUGUACACACGGAAUCGGGCGUUUCGGUGUGUGUGGUCGUCCAAAUACAACUCGGAUCGGAUCUUGACCAGACAUCCCGACUGCCACGUGGCAGCUGCGUCGGACAAGGCGUUCUUCCUCCACACGUUGAUUUGUCCCACAACAUCAUCAUCUUCUUCGUCCCGCCGUCGACUCCUUCGAUGUCGUCGCCGUCGGUCAUCGGCAGCUCGGCCUCAACAUGCUCCGUACGAUUGUCCUUCGCUUGUGGGCACUGCUGUCAUGAAUGGGGGGGGCACGUCGCCGAUGCCCCAGCUCGAGUCAUUUGUGACGGCGUUGGCGACGAGAACGAACGGCGUCGACGCGGCCGUCCGCGCGUGGCAAGUGACCCACCGGAUGUCGAUUACGUUCCACCUCAUGCACAACCGCUUCUGCCACCACGUCCACCGCGCCCACAAGAGCAACAACGUCAUGUACGUCGUGGACCUGGUCCGGCACGUUGUGGUUCAACGGUGCCACGACCCCCUCUGUGCGCACUACACGUCCCCACCAUGGCCCGUUCCGCCAGCUCUAUGUGCUACGUCGAUCGAAUCAUACUUCCCAGACGACGCACCCAGUGGUUGACGUCAGGUGUGGAUAAGCUGUUGUGUUUAUCCUGGACUAUAUCAAUAUGCGCAUGUAUUGCAACGUCGUACGACAUGUCCGAGAUGGCGUGGAUACUAUUGAGAGCGCCAAUUCAAACAUCGAGUGAGGCCGCAGUACCAUUUGGUGGAAGGGGCAACGCAAGGAGUGCUUCACGGGGUAGAUAAGUGUAGUUGAUAGGGCAAUUGCGAAACAAGAAGAUAUAAGGAUGGC